UUGACAUCGGCGGCGGCGGCGGUGGCGGCGGCGGAGUGUGCGUGCCAGUGGGAAAGGUAAGAUGGCGGCGGACGGAGAUGCGGUGAUUCCGGACCAGGAAAAAGUGCGAAUAGUCUCGGAUUUUAUAUUGCACUCGCCGCCGGGUGAGUUCAACGAGGUGUUCAACGACGUGAGGGUCCUGCUGAACAACGACAAUCUGUUGAAGGAGGGCGCGUCCGGGGCCUUCGCUCAGUACAACAAGGACCAGCUCACGCCUGUUAAGAUAGACGGAAGUGACCACCCAGCGCUCAUAACGGAACACAAUGACUUGGGCUCCCAGAGGUUUUACGACGCGCGGAGUAAGCAAAGUUUUAAAUACGAUCACCUGAGGAAGGAGGCGCAGGAUUACGAACCUUACGAACCGGAUCCCGUAGCGGAGCCUUGGAGGUCGGCCCUUCAAGAGGAGAUAACGAAUUAUACUCAAAGCCAUUACAGACAUGGCGCUUGCUCAGUCUUCGGAAAAUCCCUUGGAGGAAACAUAACGCUAACGGCGUGCAUAGAGGAUCAUCAGUUUCAACCUAAAAACUUCUGGAACGGCCGCUGGCGUUCGGUGUGGAACGUCAGUUUCACCCCAAAUUCGGGUAACGCCGAGAUGAGAGGUAGCCUCAAAGUACAAGUACAUUAUUACGAGGACGGGAAUGUACAACUGGUCAGUAGCAAAGACGUGAAGGAGAGCCUGCCGAUCUCCAGCGAGAAGCAAACGGCGAAGGAUCUAAUACGGUUUGUCGAGGAAUCCGAGAACGAUUAUCAAACGGCGAUUUCCGAGAACUAUCAAACCAUGUCCGACACCACCUUUAAGGCGCUGCGAAGGCAAUUGCCGGUAAUGCGAACGAAAAUCGACUGGAACAAAAUUGUGUCGUACAGUAUUGGCAAAGAGCUUAAGAGUCAAUAGAAAUAGAUUUUUUUAUAUUAAAAGAAAUAAUUAACAAAAAAAAAGUAAGGCGCAUUUUGCUGCAUGAGUGAAGUCUGGAGGUGUGAUGUGCAUGGGAGCAAAUUAUAACACUACUUAAAUAACGUCUGACUAGAGAUAUUCGACUCAUGCAUGCCACUCAAGGUUCCUCUCGACUCCGUAUUGUAUGUUCCACGAAGCAAUAAAACAAGGUCGGCACUUUUGGCGUUGUCAAUCGAGAAGAAUUAACUGAGAACACAUGUUUCUCUCCGAAACAUUCUACACAGAUUCGUCACGAAGUAACGGCUUGGUUUCUUCUCUACAAGCGUGCUAAUUCCUGUAAAAUCGAAAAUCAAUAUCCGACGGUGGAACCUUUGUAUAAAUCACGCUGUUUCCUCACUUUGAUUCCAUCUUUCUUCAAGCGACGUCCGUGAUAUUCGCAUUGUGCAGCAUAGUGCAAGAUAUAAUCUUUGACUUUGGAUGGACGUGAAAACGAUAAUAACUAUCGAAGUAAAAGAUCUAUUCACUAUUUAUAAUGGGGUAAUGGGGAUCCUUGUUCUUACGUUAAGUGAUUCAACUGGAGUUGAGUUUAAUGCGAAUUGAAUAGCUUGAGAUUGCGAGACGCGAAUAGCGAGAAUAAAUUUUAACUAUAAUCAUGUAGUUGUGAAGCAAUGGGCAGAUGGAGGGCAGUUUUUCGAUCGGCGACAAUUUACAAAUUCCCGCGAACUUUGUCAAAAAUAUAGUAACGUCAGUGAUGUCCCAUAAUUAUUUAUAUUUCUACUUGUAUAACGCUUUUUUCCCUGGAGAAGGUUAUUGCGUCUUAUAUAUUAUUACAAUAUAUGAGGGGAGAAGAUUAAUACAUAAUAUCGUUCACUGAGGUUAUUAUCUUAUUGAUAAUUCUUGUCAUUACAACUACAUCGAUCUGCUCUAGCACAAUUUCUCUGUCGCUCGAUGGUUCACCCUGACUCGAAGCAGAACACUUUUAAUUACUUUAUUAUAAGCAUAUUUCUAUCCGGAGAAUAUUAAAGAGCACGAUACGUUGUUUACGUUUUACGAUACAAAUAUAAAUUGCGGAACGCGAAUAGAGCCUCUACGAAAAUGGACACUACAUGAUGCAAAAAAAAAGAGAAAGAGAGAAAAAACGUUUUCUUACAGAUGUGAUGAUGUGCGAAUAAAGUAGCGAAAUUGAUAGUUUACGUCAGGUAUAAGGAAGAUCUUUAGACUGACUCUCAUUUAAAAAGGAAGACAAAUCCGUAACGCUUAAGUCUUAGAUCACUGAAGCGACUCGAUGACACAUCUCGUGUAUUUAAGAAUUCGGUUUAAAGAACGAUAUAUGCGUACAUGUAUCGUUUUUUAUACGAAUUUAUUAUAUAAAUAUAUAUAUAUAUACAUAUAUAUACAUAUUCUCUGAUUAUUAUGUUACUUAUCGAUACAACAUGCUGGGGCCAUGGGUGAUAUCAAACGCAUAAUAUAUCAAAUGUAAUUGCAAGGGACAUUGGAUGUGUCUGUCCACUGAUUUGUCAGCCCGGUACCGAACACCGUUAAGUGUUCAUUACCGCGUUCAAUACACAAAGUAAACGAGAAACAAGGAAACAUAACUCUUAACAGAUAUUGGUGGGCGAGGCCUACUAUUUUUAUCCAACUUUACAUUUCAUAAAGGUAUAAGUCUAUAUACAUUUUUGUUAAAAUGUAUUGUUUUAUAAUAAGUAUGUCUAUUAUAUGAUGGAUACGUUGCAAAGUUUAAUGAAACUACUGAAUGAAAUAAAUGUUAAUCAUUGCGCAA